AUGGGCAAGGGGCUACGAUGCAGGACAAGAGGAAUGGGAGCGGCUGAGUACCAUUCAACAGGUGCCAUUGGAGGUGCUGCAUCUUCACUUAUUCGUGUCCCCACAGAGGUAGUCAAGCAAAGAAUGCAGACAGGGCAAUUUGCUUCUGCACCUGAUGCUGUUCGCCUUAUAGCAGCUAAGGAAGGGUUCAAAGGUCUUUAUGCUGGAUAUAGUUUCUUUCUACUGCGAGAUCUUCCAUUUGAUGCAAUCCAAUUCUGUCUAUACGAGCAGCUUCGAAUAGGAUAUAAGAUUGCAGUGCUGUAACUGGAGCUAUAACUACCCCUCUUGAUGUGUUAAAGACAAGACUGAUGGUUCAGGAUCUUCAUGCGGCAGAAAAGCUACCAGGUUGCACAAG